GCCGUCAGGGGAAGAAAUGUGUCGAGAAAGAGUUUGUAUUAUUUUUCCCUCUACGUUCAAAAACUGACGUCAUGUUACGAUUCAGAAUUUGGUCUUGCAUUUCUCUGAUUAUUGUUGCUGGAAAAUUCAGUGAAGGAGUUGUACAGAAUGCAACGGAGGAGAAUUUCAUCUAUAAUUUGUCAUGUUUACCACCAGACAUCAAAGGUAUUUUACAAGAAGUAUGGCUGGAUAAUAUACAUGGAAACAACUUGAGCUCGUUAUUGGAAAAUCAAGAUUUUCCUGACUCUCCCGAUCGAGUCUCGAAUCAAACGUUUCUACCCGAGCCACAAUAUGGUCAGCGGCUUCGUGCCUAUUUCGCCGCACCCGAAAGUGGAAUGUAUCAAUUUCAUCUGUCCUGCGACGGCGCAUGCGUGCUUCUGAUCGAGAGUAAGAUGGGGAGCUUAUUGACAAGAUGUCAAAACUCAUCAAAGGGCAUGAACAUGACCGCAGGAUCUUUUUAUUAUGUGACGGUGCUUCACGUUGUCUCAAACGCUAGCAAAAAUGUUUCGCUGUCUGUCACUAAGCCAAACGGAACCCUACUCAGUCCGAUUCCUCGUGAGUAUUUUGUAGCCUACAGGAAAGAUGGAAACCUUAGCGAAUACAUUCCAGGGGACUGGGGCGAGUGGAGUGCAUGUCAGGGGGGCAUCCAAACACGAAAUCGCUCGUGCCAGGUUCAUCCGCCUGUCUACAGCAGGCUUAAUUCUUCCUAUCAGCUUUCUGACACCAAGAAAUGCGGCGAAAAUGUAACUUGUCAAAAAAACCAAUCGUGUUUAAGUUGUCCACUGGGUAUGAAGACAGGUGCAAUAACAGACGAACAGAUUACGGCCGGAUCUUUUUAUAACGCUUCAACUAGUCCUGAAUACGCGCGAUUGGAUGGUCAUGGGGCCUGGUGUCCAAAUACUACACACCGCUUUCUCAGAAUCAAUCUGGUUGUACCACACAUUAUCUGCGCUAUUGCCACACAAGGGAACUCUCAACUGAGAUUAUUUACUAAAAAGUACAGACUUAUUUUACGAACAGGUGAAGCGUCAAAUCGUUACGAAGAUUCAAAUGGAAGUAAGAUUUUACAAGGGAAUUACAAUCCAGAUAAGGUCCAUGUUAACGCACUCGAGGGCGUCGUCAUAGCAGAAAAGCUGACUUUUUCUGAUACGGAUAAAAAUUCAUGUCUACAAGUGGAAAUAUAUGGAUGGCCACUAGAUAACUCAACAGGUCUGGUUAUAGAGUGA